AGAGUGAAACCCUUGGCUCAAAUGGCGGCGGCCGCCGCCACGAUGGACCUGCGAGAUGAUCAGCCAGCGAUCAAGGCAGCGAGCCCCGGCCGUUGGCAACAAGUCCACCAAGUGUUUGGGGAAAGCCAAUGUGGAGGUGUCCUUGGCCGAGCUACGAGAACUGGAGACGAUGGACGAAGAAGAUGCGAAACCCCUGGCCGUCGAGCGCGUGCGUGAGUUCUUCAAAGAUUCCGUUGGAUCUGUGCUGCGCGCGUGGGCGCAUGUGUUUGAUUCCAACAACGACCAAAGAAUUAGCAGGGAAGAAUUCAAGAACGGCAUGAGGAAGCUCAAUUUUCACGGAGAGCUUGCAGCCAUGAAGCUCUUCAAUCUCUUGGACAAGGACUCCUCGGGUGAAAUCACUCUGGAAGAAAUCGAUGCCAUCACAGACAGGAAAUGGCGUGCUUUCAGGCAGUACUGCGUAAAACGCUUUCAAAGCUCAGAUGAGUUCAUGCAGCAAGUGGCCGCUUUGGCUUUGGCCACCGAGGAACCCUUCGAAGACAUGAAGAAGAAGCCUCGUGUUGAGGCGCUCUCCAAGGUGGAGUUUAUGCUUGGGCUCAUCAACUCGGGUUGGCCUGGUGAAGAUAAAGAGCUGGAGGAGAUGUGGGCGGCUCUCCGGGAUGCCACAGACGACAUGCUUCGGCCCUAUGGACGGGAUGGCCCAGGACUGGCUUGGUUUGGCAUCGAAAUGAGGCGCUUCAAUCGAAAGAAGGCGGCGAAGAUCAAAUCGAAGCAGUGGUUUGCGUUGAGGUCGCGGCAGGGCUUGAACCCUUUGACCAUCGCCAAGUGCUUUGAGGAGUUCAAGAUGACUCUUCGAAAAAAGCAUGGCAACCUGAUUCGUGCAUGGCGACAGGAGCUCACGGCCAACGAUGCCAUGUCGAUUGCCAAAGUGAAGUUCUUGCGGGCGGCUGCGAAGCUCGGCUGGUCAAGGGAGGCCAAAGAUUUGUGGCGAGCCUUGGAUAAGGAUGAAAGUGGUACAGCCUCCCUAGAUGAGCUUGAUCCUGUCGGGGCGGAGAACUUGGCACAUUUCAAGGUUUGGGUCGAUGCGGAGUUUGGGGGCAUUCGCAACGCCUUCAAGAAGAUGGACGAAGACAAUACCAAGACCAUCACGGUGAAGGAGUUUGAGAAGGCCUUGAGGACCUACAACUUUCCACGGCCGACAAAACACUUGUUCCAAAUGCUGGACAAGGAUGCGAACGGCAAGCUUGAGAUGGACGACUUGAUCUUCCUGGAGAAAUGGCAGCCUUUGGAAUUCCUGCUGGUCACGCCUGACCAUAAGGCCAAGGAGGAAUUCAAAGAACUGCUGUUGGCAAAGAUGACUCGCUACUUGAAGGGCUGGAAGCGGGUGCUGGACAAAGACAACACCAACCGCUGCAACUGGUACGAGUUCCAGGAAGCUUGCCGCAUCCUGGGCUUCCGGGGGAACAUUGGCGGCGCCUGGCGCGCCUUCGAUGAGGACCUCUCAGGCUACAUCAGUCUGAAGGAGCUGGACGAGAAUGCUAGCAAGGUCCUCUUGGGAUUCAGGCGCUGGGCUAUUGCAGAGUUCGGAUCAGUCCGGCAGCUCUUUACCACCUUCGACAAGGACAAGUCCAACAGCUUGAGCUUUUUGGAGUGGCGGGGCGCCUUGAAGGUCUAUGGCUAUGAUGGCCCUUCGAGGGAGCUCUUCCAGGCACUAGAUGUGGGAGGAGAAGGCUCGCUUUCAGUGAAGGAGGUGGACUUUUUGGAUGAUUGGACCUUGGAUUUGGAGGAGGAUGUGUCCAACGUCAACGAGCCGCCAUCCACGCCACAGCCGGUGUCGCCACGGCCCAGCUGGAGCAACGAGCGACGGGUCUCCUUUGCGCGGCGCGCCUCCGUCACGGGUGGAGUCAAAUCACGCGCGGUGAAGCUCUUGGAGAAGUCCUUGGACCGCUCCAUGUUUACCGGCUCUCCGCCCAGCCCCAGUCCCGCCGUGGAGAGCAGCUCCAGCAGCUCGGAGGAUGAGACCGAGGUGUUCCUGGCUCAGCGCUGGCGUACGAAGGCGCCCAUGGAGCUCGUCGCCUUGGCGAAGAAGGUUUUGCCCAAGAAGCAACCCAGGUUCUACAUGAUGAACGGAUCUGUGACGGAGCGUCAGGCCGCCGACAUCUCUUCGGUGCACACCUUGAAGCCGGAGGAGCUGAGGGAGAGUUUGUCCAUCAGCAUCCCUCCGGAGGCGAUGGAGGAGAUGCAAAACACCCGGACGUCUGCUUUGACCUUCAGCCUGGACACGGCCACAUCAGCCUUGAACUUCAGCCUGGAGACAGCCAAUUUGUCCUGCACUGGAUGUUUGAUGAGUUUCCGGGCAGAUGACUCCUUGGCCGACCAGGGAGGCAGUCGACAAUACCUGGCACAGGUCUUGGAUUUGGAGCAGCUCGUGGAGCUGGGCCCCCGCGCCACCACGGCGCCAGCGAAGCUGAGGACCGCUUCCGGGGCACGGCUGCGUUUGAAGGCCGCUCAUCCCCGGCAGUGGCCGCGAGCCGCGCCGCGGGCGGCGCCGCGGGCGGCCCCGCGGACCCCGCUGGGUGCGGUGCGCGGGGAGACGCCGCGUCAAGCGCCAAGGGGGUCGCCAUCCUUGGACGAUCUGCUGAUGGGGCCCUGUGGCCCUGCCAACUUGUCCUUGAUGCUAUUGCAAGAUCGUGGCAAAGUGGGCUCCUGUGGGGCCAGCCGCAACAUCAAGAUUUGCUAAGUCGCGAUUGGCUUUCCACCCUGAAGGGGUGGCUAAUCACAUGGCCCUGGCUGUGUUUCUGCAUGAUACCGAUCUCCGAACUCCCAAACACUCUGGGCCAAGCUCCGAAAGACUUCAGCAG